AUGGCAUCGAAUUCAUCGGCGGCGGCGUUCUUUGGCGUUAGGCAUGGGGACCAGCAAGACCAGAUUAAGCCGCUGAUAUCACCGCAGCAGCAGCUGGCAGCGGCGCUGCCCGGCGUGGCAGGCGCUGUGCCUGCGGCGUCCGGCCAAGCAGGCGCGCCGACCGCGGCGGCGCAGCCACCGCCCAAGAAGAAGAGGACUAUGCCCGACCCCGACGCUGAGGUGAUCGCGCUGUCGCCCAAGACGCUGCUGGCGACGAACCGGUUCGUGUGCGAGGUGUGCAACAAGGGGUUCCAGCGGGAGCAGAACCUGCAGCUGCACCGGCGCGGGCACAACCUGCCGUGGAAGCUGAAGCAAAAGAACCCGCUGCAGGCGCAGCGCCGGCGCGUGUACCUGUGCCCGGAGCCGACGUGCGUGCACCACGACCCGGCCCGCGCCCUCGGCGACCUGACCGGGAUCAAGAAGCACUUUUGCCGCAAGCACGGCGAGAAGAAGUGGAAGUGCGACAAGUGCUCCAAGCGCUACGCCGUGCAGUCGGACUGGAAGGCGCACUCCAAGAUCUGCGGCACCCGCGAGUACCGAUGCGACUGCGGCACACUCUUCUCCCGGAGGGACAGCUUCAUCACGCACCGGGCGUUCUGCGACGCGCUCGCGCAGGAAAGCGCGCGGCUGCCGCCGACCAGCCUCAGCAGCCUCACCAGCCACCUCUACGGCGCCACCAACGCGGGCAACAUGGCGCUCAGCCUCUCGCAGGUGGGCUCCCACCUCACCUCCACUCUCCAGGACGGCCACCACCACCACCACCCGUCCCAGGAGCUCCUCCGACUCGGUGCCACGGCCGGCGGCGGCAGCAGCAUCGCCGCGCGCCUCGACCACCUCCUGUCGCCCAACGGUGCCUCCGCCUUCCGCCCGCCGCAGGCUCCACCGUCGUCGGCGUCCUUCUUCUUCAACGCGGGGGCAUCGGUCGGGCAGGACUUUGGGGACGACGCUGGCAAUGGACCGCACUCGUACCUGCAGGCUAACAAGCCUUUCCAUGGGCUCAUGCAGUUGCCCGACCUCCAAGGCAACGGUGUUGGGGGCCCCGGCGCCUCAGGCCCCAGCCUCUUCAAUCUGGGUUUCUUUGCUAACAAUGGCAACAGCUCGGGGUCCAGUCACGAGCAUGCAAGCCAGGAGCUGAUGAACAAUGACCAGUUCAGUGGCGGAGCAGGUGGAGGCGGUGGCGGCGGGGGCUCGGAGGUUUCGGCGGCUGGGAUUUUUGGCGGCAACUUCGUUGGUGGUGGAGAUCAAGUUCCACCCCCGGGGCUCUACAGCGAUCAAGCCUCCAUGCUGCCGCAGAUGUCGGCGACCGCUCUGCUCCAAAAGGCGGCGCAGAUGGGCGCGACCUCGAGCGCGAACGGCGGCGCGGCGUCCAUGUUCCGAGGCUUCGUGGGCUCUUCCCCUCACGUGCGGCCGGCGACGCCGCACAUGGAACAGAGCGACGCGAACCUGAACGACCUGAUGAACUCGCUCGCUGGAGGUGGCGUCGGCGCCGGAGGAAUGUUCGGCGGCGGCAACGGCGCCGUCAGCGCGGGGAUGUUUGAUCCCAGGCAGCUGUGCGACAUGGCGGAGCACGAGGUGAAGUUCGGCCAGGGUGGCGGGGACAUGACGCGGGACUUCCUUGGCGUCGGCGGAGGCGGCAUCGUGCGCGGGAUAUCGACGCCGAGAGGAGGAGGAGACCACCAGACCAGCAGCGAUAUGAGCUCCCUGGAGGCCGAGAUGAAGUCGGCCUCGUCCUUCAACGGAGGCAGGAUGCCAUGA